AAAAUUUAAACCGUGCUCGCUAUAUCGGCGGAACAAAGUCCUCUCUCCGGUCUCCCUUCCAGCAUCGUUUACACCAAUGGCCGAGCGGAUCUGCCUUGGCACAGUGAUGUUGCUAUGGAACAUAGUGUCUGAGCAUUCGUUGCCACGACAGUAUAGCGUAAGUCGGCACGUGACGCAACGCAGUGCGACGCGUAGCGCCUAUCGAAGAGUGAUAACCGAUUUUUCGAAAGAAAAUAAAACUCCUUUUUUCCUGCGACGUAGGAAGAAACGAGCCGCGAUCUUUCGCGAGUGCAUAUCCGCGCGGAAAAAUAUGAGUGUUCGCGAACGCCGGUCUCUCGUAUUACUCACGAACGCCUGGUGGACGCGUUGAAAAAAAAAAAACGGUGUUCCACUUGGAGGAGCUGAUUUAGCGAGAUUGGAAUUCGAGUCUGGACCCUUCCAGGUAGUCCUCUCGGCAUGGCGAACAUAGCGACCGCCGGUCUCGAGGUGCACGAGGCGGGUCGAGCGUUGCGCGUGCAAACGGAAGCGCCGCAUCUCGUCUCCAUGGGAAGCGGACGACUGUCGACGGCCGUGACUUUGCAUCCUCUGCCCGAAGGUAAGAUCACGCUGGGAUCAAACCGAGAUGCGGAUAUUUUGGUGGCUGGUACCGGCGUUGAACCCAUACACUGCGCGAUCGAAAACAAUAACGGCGCGGUCACUCUUCAUCCCAUAAACGGAAACACGUCUGUCGAUGGUGUACCGAUAAAUUCACCAGUGAGACUCGCGCAAGGCUGCAUGCUAUCGAUAGGUCGAUCAAACUAUAUGCGCUUCAAUCAUCCAGCCGAGGCUAAGCAUCUACGAUCCGUCCUUCCCCACUCGAGAAUCUCAAUGGCGCCGAUCAGUUUCGCUUUACCCGACAACCAGCCGCAAGAGAAUCAUCACUUGGAGCGAAAGCCGCCAGUCGCGCCGCGAAAAUCUCCGAGGAAUUCCUGCUCCGACGACGAGAUCGGCUUUCUGGGCAAGCUGACUAAAUUCGAGAUGCUGUCGAAGCAAAACAGAAGCAAUUGCGUCUCGCCGAAGGUCUUUCCCGCCGGUGCCCUCACGACGAACGUGCCGGCCGAUCAAAUCCUUGGUCACUCGAGAUCAUCGAGUCUCGUGUCCUUGACGAAAUCUCCAGUGAACGGUAACGUCGAGUCCCCUUCGCAGAACUCGAUCGGUUAUCACGACGAGGCUCGUCAACGAUCGGACCCGCGACUCGGAACGCCGACUCGAUCGAACGCGACGAACCUGCAGUGCCAGAAUCACAAUCAAAUCAGAAUGUACUCGGCGGAAGCAUACCUGAAGACGUGCAAGCCAUGUUACCGCGAUAGUAGCAGCAAGAACGUGCGAUCGCCGUCUCUCGGAAUGACAGCGCCCAAAAUUGUCGCCGCUCGAAGCGGCGACUUGAUGUCUCGAAGUAUGACUUGUCAGAGCGCGAACGAGUUUGAUCAUCUCCCAGACGGGGACUUCAACAUGAGUCAGAGCCUGAUUGUCACGAAAACAACGACCACGGAGUUUCUACAAUUGGAGAACUACGGAUCAAAUCCGAGUAUCUGCAGCGCCGGGGACUCUAAUCCCGCGAUGUGGAGGCCGUCUGUCACUCAGGGUCUCGGCUCGAAUUCGAAUAUUAAGCGAAUUCAACCACCGAGCCCGGCAUUCAAUCGGAAUCCGCGAUAUAGCGAGCAAAAGAGGGUUUACGCGAGAGUCAAGAGUCCUACUCCCAGUGUCGGCAGCAGCUGUUCCCUCGAGGAAUUGAGGGAAAGGCAAGCCGACGCGGAGAACAAACGCAGAGAGGCGGAGACCAAGCGGAAACAAGCGCAGGAAGAGAGGUUAAGAGAGCAAGAGGUCGAGAGGCAAGAGAAAAUGAGACUCGAAGAAAUCUUAGCAAUGUGUGCUGAGUAUGAAAGACAGAGCACUAUCGACAAGCCGAGGCAGCAUAAUCGGAUCAUAACAAAUGGAUCUCUCCCACGUGACAAGAGACCCGGCUAUACCUCACCCUUCGACAGUCCGAAGAGUCCGUCAAAAAAUCAACCGCAUUUCUCCUUCGACAUCGGCAAGCAAACCAGUUUGGGUACUUCGUCUUAUGAAAACGUAUCCGUCCAAAAUUCGAAAGUUAUUUUUCAAAAUGGCAAUUCGCCCUCCAAUCGUAAGGAUCAGUCUGUACAAAUUGAAAAUUAUUUGUGCGACAUUCCCGUUGGAUCGUCGCAUGCAACUACAUCGAACAGUAAUCAAAUGGCAAAGUACUCUAACGCUCACAACACAAAUGGCAGCUAUAAUUUCUCAGGCGCGGUUUCCCGCGGCAGCAAUUACGAAAACGUUAUCAUCGGCAAUAAUAGAAAUAGUUACACCGAUGGAAUCGAUAAUUACAUAAAAGCUGACGACGACACCAAAGGCUUAUCGUCCAUAUAUGGAACAAUUCGACCGAAUGGAACGAAAAUCGAGCAAGCGACGCAAAAUGGAACCGCGAAUCUUUACGAAAAUAUCGCGAUAUCUUCGACGACGCGGAAUAACAAUCAGAAUCAUUCCCUGCCAAAGAAAAACGGCCAGAUAUCGAACUCGUGCGAAAUGAUAGAGAAUAAACUCGCGAUAUCGAACGACGAUCUCCUCGAGGCGAUCGAGCAGCUGUCUAUGCUCUCGAAGCCCAAGGAAGUCUGCGUGAUACCUAAGCGAAACAAUACCGAAAAGGACAACGCAAAGUCCAACGAAGCGAAAGCCGACAAAGAGAGGAAGCAGUUGGAGGAGAAGGACAGGAAGAAAUACAUAGAUUUCUUGCAAAACGAGAAGCUGCACAUACUUGGCAACAUGGAUGUUUUGAAAAGGAGCGUCGCCGAAAUUGAGACUCAAGAAGAAGAAAUUAGUCGAGAGCUCGAAUUGGAGCAGGCGCUAUUAUCCGCGGAAUAUGAAUCGGAAUCUUUAAAGCUCACGCAGGACGAGGGAGAGAAGCUUAAAGUGCAAAUGCGAAUAAACGAAUUGGAAAGAGAAAUGGCAGAGGAUAACGCGACUCAUUCGAAUUUACAAGCAGAAGCGAAACAACGCGUUCAAAAAGCACAGCAAAUUUGUGCUCGACUGGACGAACAAUUAAAUAUUUGCUCGGAUGAAAUUACGCAGCAGAAUAUUGCUGACAAGUUUGCAGCUCAGCAAGAUAUCCUCGAAAGCGAAAGGAAAGCUUUCGAAGACUUAGAGUUUCAUCAUCUCGAGGAAGAGGCGAGCAAAUUGGCUACAAGAGAAGAGCUGCAGAGAUAUUUAAGUGACCUUACAAAUAAAAUCGAAGGCAGAAAAUCGCAAUUGAAUCACUUGGAAUCGCAACGAUCCGAAAUAAAGAAUACGGCGACUAAAGAGGCUAGAUGUCUCGAGAGACAGAAAUUAGGACAUUUAAAGCGAUUAGAAGAAGCUAGAAAUCGAGUACGAGAAAUAAAUGAGGAACUUAGCUAUCUGGCUCAAAACUCUGCUGAAUAUUCUGAGGAAAAACGGUCCCCGAGCAGGGAAGAUUUUGACAGAAUCUCUAGAGUGACAAAUGAUUCUCCUAUCGUAAAUAAUCAAGGCAGUUUGGGAAGAAAGACAAUCGAGUCCCUGAAAGAAAUUGAAAGAAAUCGACAGCUUCAUUUAGCUAAACAAGGAAGUCAAGUAAUCUCGGAAGAAAGACGAAGAGUCGAAGAAUUAAAAAGACGCGUACAAGAUGAAGUUCGCUCGCAAUGGGAAGAGAGGAAAAUGAAUUGUGCGUCUUUUAACAGUGUUGAAUCUGGCGAAGAAUCUUCCAGUUAUUCCACUGGACCAACAGAAAGUGAAUCUAUGAAUAUACACAUAGCGAGAGAAUGACUUCUUGUAUAGAGAUCUAAUCUAAAACUAAAGUAUAGAACUCUUCGAAAGUAACAUUCAAUGUGUACGCCACGUGAGGCUUCGAUAGCUUUAGAGCCGCUACUGAAUGAGAAGCUUGAUAAGUAUUCUUAGUCGCAAAGACUAUUAAAAUUAAAAAGGUCAGUUAUUGGGAACAAGGGAAUGUUUAUAGCCAAGGCCGAGGUUGGCAUAGCAACGAGAUCGGAAUGUUCGAGUAUCGUUCGUGCUGCAUUUAACAUUGUAGAAGAAUUAAAUGCUAUGCCGGUGGUAUCGUCGAACCGGUCUACCGAGUCACUUUGUACUUGUUAGGUUUUAAUAAUACCUGCCUUUCGCGCUAUAGUCGACUAUAGGUCUCGUCUUCUCCUCUCAGUCUCGCGAUGGUCAGAAGCUAGGAAUGUGAUUUUCGAAGUGCACGGUAUUUCUUACAUGAGGAUGUCGAAUGCGCUGAAUUAAAAUUCGCGGAAAUCAGAGUUCACGCUUCAGUUAAUAAUAGCGCUUGCUGAAUCAGUCAGUGAGAAGUUUCAUUUUAAACGUAAAUAAAGUGUAAACACGAUUCGACGAUAUCAACAGAUCUACGAUAUUAUUACGAUAAUAUUGCUCGAUAAUCAAACAAAAAAAUUCUCGAAAAUCAGCUGGCAUCUCACCUUUAAACUCGAAAAUAUGCAUUUUUCAGGCAAAAUAAUUAUUUAAAAAAUUUCUAAGUGUUUUAAUUAUCAGAAUUUUUUGGAAAGACAUAUUGUACAUGCUAAAAACUAUAUGAGAACUGUUCUGGAAAAAAUAGAAUUCUUGAAAAUCGACUGGCAUCUUUAAAUUUGAAAAUAUGCAUUUUUCGGGCAAAAUAAUUAUUGUAAAAAAUUCCUGAGUGUUUAAAUUAUCAAAACUCUUCGAAAAGGCAUUGUAUAUAGCAAAAACUAUAGGAUAACUGUUUUGAAAAAAAAAUGAACUCUUGAUAAUCCUGUAGUAUAUCACCUUUAAGUUCAAAAAUAUGCAUUUUUCGGGCAAAAAAAUUAGUUUAAAAAAUGUCUAAGUGUUUUAAUUCUUAGAAUUCUUUAAAAAGGGAUUGUACAUGCCAAAAAAAACUAUAGGAGAACUGCUUUAGAAUAAGUACUCUCGAAAAUCGACUGGAGUUUCAUUUUGAUGUCUAUUGUAUAUAGGUGUCCGGUUGUCUUUAUUUCAGUUUAAUCAAUAUUAUUUGGCUUUUAAAAGUCUUCUUAGAACUCAUAUAGAACUAUAAAUAUUUUCAAUUCUGAUAAUUACUGAUAAAGAAAAUGUCACUGGACAAAAUAAGACGCUGUGAAGUUGGUGUCUCAGUUUGUCCUAAGGCAUUUUCAUUGCUUUAAUGGUCAGAAUUAUUUGUUUGAGGAGCUCUACAAUUAUUGUAAAUAAAAGAAUCAGAAAUCUUAAUUAUUUAUAAUUAUUUAUAAGUUUCCAAAAUGAGAUGCCAACACACUCAUAAUUGCUAUAUAAUGUUUUAUAUAUUUAUAUUUUUAAUUAAUUAAUUGCUUUGAUAAUUUUAUUCGAUAUUAUUCAGCAUUAAUCAUUACAUUUACGCAAGACGCAAAAGAUAUAAUUUUAUAAUGGAUUUAU